AUGAAAAAAUAUAAAAAACUACUUAAACCCUUUCGAUCCCUUGAUCUCUUCAAUAAGCCAGUUUCCCUACUAAUCAAAGACUAAGAGCGCCAUAAAACGUAUUGUGGUGCCUUUCUCACUCUAAUUAUAAUAACUAUGAUGAGUGUCCUUUUAUGCAUGAACUUCAUCAAUUUAGAUAAAAAUCCUCGUUCUUAUCAAUAUUAGAUCUACCAUCAAGUCUUAAACUCCACUCAAUUUAUGAAUUUUACAAUCCUCAUAAAUGGAUUAGAUGAACAAAACUUGAAUGUCAGUACUUAGGAUGGGCCACUUUCUUUCACUCAGAAUCUUUAUCAAUAUUCAAAAUAGGUCAGUCUAUAUGAAUCAGAUCAAAGUGUGUAGUAUGUUAUCGUUGAGAUAUCUCUGAAGAAUGCCACUCAAGUACCUAAAUAAGAGGAAAGUCUUGAAUUUUAGUUGUAAAUACCAACUUUUUAUUAUGAUUUAAAAGAUGUCAAAGAUCCUGUAAAAUCUAGAAUAGAGAAAAUAGAAACAACACUAAGUCGAAACAUUUAUAAAAGAAUUGAUAUUUUCAUGAGUCCAUUUACUGUAAUUUCAGAUGAUGGAAUGGUAUUUAAAGAUGAGACUUAAAAGAGUGUAUUAGCAUAUUAGUACCAUUAAGAAACGUAUGAUGUUAGUAAUGGCUAAAAACUGCUUCAGUUUAGAAUAAGACUCAAUAAGACAGAGUUUGUUAAUUAUCGAUCCUAUCCUAAACUAUAGUAGAUUCUGGGAGAGGCUGGUGGGUUAUGGAACGUUAUUUUCACAUUAGCCAUGUUCUUUUAAUUACCAUUUAGUAAUUUAUCAUAUAGAUUGCAAAUUGUUAACUCUCUCUUUAAUUUCUCAAAUGAUGAUGAUGCAACCACUGAAAAUGAUAAGAUUUAGAUUGUUAACGAGAAAAUGAAUGAAAAAGCCACAAGUCCAUAACAACAAUUAGAUAAGAAAAUUCCAUUAUGUUAGAGUGAAGUGAAUAUUCCAAUUGUUCCAAUAUUGAAGAAGCAGAAAUCCUGGAGUCAGCUCAAUUAAUUGAAUAUUAAGAAACGAUUAUAUAGUAUACAAAGGAAGAGUCAAAUGAUCACAGAGGCUGACACUGACAAUCAGAAGGCACAUAUAACAAAUGAAAUCUCAGCAUCCAUCAAACGAUUUUUCAGAGUUGUGACCAAGAAACUGAAUCUAAAUGUCUUUGAAUACGUAACCUUUCAAUUUCCAAAAAGGGGAAACAAAAAUAACAUAAAGCAUUCAUAAUUUCAAUUUGCUGUUAAUCGGAUUUAAAAAUCACUUGACAUUUUGUAUAUUAUCAAUAAAUUACACGAAAUUGAUAAAUUGAAAUUCAUACUACUCAAUAAAGCCUAAAUUUAAAUGUUUGAUUAUUUACCAAAACCCUUUAUAGGGGCAGACCCAUAGGAUAUUUCGGAAGAUAAUUUCUGCUCACUUUUGAAACCUGCCAAGACUCCAUAUCAAAAGGCAUUAGAGGCCUAACAGGCAUUUAAAGAGAUUAUAACCAAUUAUUAGGAUCCCAUUAAUCAGAAAUUAAUAAACAGCAUGGACGAACCUAUAAUAGACUUAAUGAAACUAUAAUUGAAUCAAGACAUUCAGAUAUUAGACACAUCAGUGAUUAAUUAGUUAGUGCAGAGUGCAGAAUAUAGGUUAGAUACAGCAAGAUAAUGA